UCUUAUCAAAAGAAACACGUGAGUGAGAUUAUUCAGAAGGACCAAACUCUAUUGGCCAGUUUUAGGCAUCUUUAGGCACCCGCAGGCAGAAACACCACUCAUAAUCAACAUGAUAUAAAUAUAAUAAUAUCUAUCUAUCAUACAUGCUUAUAUUAUCCACGAAAUGCAUCUUCCUGAUGAAAUCCUCUGCCUGAUCGCCCACCAACUCGACACCCAACAUGACCGCUUCAACCUCACUCGCGCCUGUCGUCGAUUCUACCACGCACUGCUCCCCAUCCUCUACUCGGAUGUCACUUUUCACUUCCAUUCUGAAGCAAAAUUAGUCGUUUCAUUUCUUCAAUCUGUUGUUCGAACCUCCGAGCUGGCUCUGGCGGUGCGCUCGUUGGAGCUUUAUCCAUGGAAAACUCCCCGAUCUACCGUGUUUGAUCCAGACGACGAGCUCGAGUAUGACGAAACACUCGUGGAUGGACUGCUCGAUCAGGCGGAUAUUCCAUCUAAAGAGCGAGAAGCAUGGGAUGUAUGCAUUACGACCGGGGUGACUGAUGCAUGGCUGGCUUUGCUGCUACCGCAAUUGAGGAACCUCGAGAAAAUCUCCAUCUGCUGGCCAUAUGGAGCGACGUAUGUGCCCAGAGUGCUGGCCAAAGCAGCCCAGAACCCAACAUCCACAUUCCCCCAUCUCAAAGAAGCAUACGCGAGAUGGUACGAUACCGAAAAUGGCCUUGAUUCCAGCCAGCUGAAUCCAUUCUUUGCCUUUCCUUCGAUGCGCAAACUGUGCGGCUUCUCCAUUUGCGAAGAUGACGGUAGCGAUGCAGAUGAAGCGCUGAUUCCGUAUUCUGGAGUCCCGUAUUCUGGAAUCACCGAGAUUGACCUCGGUAGCAGUAAUGACACCAACGGAAUGGUGGAUUGGCUCCGACGAUGCAAGGGGUUGAAGUCGUUUCGCAUCAUCCACGGCGGGGCGCUGGUCUCCUUCGAGGAUUUCGCACCGAAUAAUACCUUGCGGUCGCUGGAGUUGCACAAAGCCACCCUUGAGAAUAUCUGGAUGGACGAUGACGAUGAUGAGUCGUCCGACGACUACGACUUUGCGGGGUCGUUUGUUGACUUUACGGCUCUGAAGCAUUUAUAUCUGCGACUCCAGAAUCUGCUGAAUGUGGACAAUGAAGCGUCCACCAGAUGCCUUAAAGACCUGCUGCCACCGUCUCUCGAGACAUUAUUCAUCAAGUACUCACGUGCCGAGUCCACGAUCAACCAGCUAGAGGAUUUGGUCAGCUCACGGCGUUUGCCUAAAUUGGCUAGAAUAGAUCUCGAAGGGUUUUACAGUCGCCAAGUGGAUGUGAGGCCGAUGAUCGAUCGGUUACGGGCUGUUUGUGAGGAAGUAGGCGUUUCUUUUGCAUUUUGGGAUACUCGUGAUGAAGAAACGUUCGAUUACAUGAAUUCCCUCUGGCCGUUUCCAGCAUUCCCUGAAGUGUGAGAUACACUGCAUAAAUAUGUGCGGGUUGUGCACAGUUAUGCCCGUGAUCAACAGUCUGAUUGGACACCUCGGUUCGUGUGAUCCUCGGUCCGUGAAUGCGGGG